UUAGCUGCUGACAUUGAAGUAAAUUUGCAAGCAAUGUAUGCCGGAUAUGAGCAACAGCAUAAAAACUAUGUUCAACAUAUUAUGCAACAGAUCGCGCAAAUUGACAUGCAGAUCGAGGCUGAGAAAGAUCGUGCCAGAGGAGCCAUACCGUCUCUUUUAAGUGGAAUGACGAGAGAGCCGCCCCCAUUACCUGGACCUGGGCCUGGACCAGGUCCAGCCUUAGGACCUGCUCCAGCUGUAGGUCGUCGAUCUAGAUUCGAUCAGCAGCCUGGACCGUUACCCAGCAAGUCACAAGAAGAUUAUGGCCAGUUUUUCGCACCUCCACCUCGAGCACCACCUAAACAAGGUUGGAUGAAAGAAGAAAUUAUUCCUGACGGAGAUGAUAUUGACGGUCACCCCUUCAACGAAGAGGAUCUCAUUCCUAGUGCUAAGUACUACGAACUCCCGGCCGGCAUUAUGAUUCCGCUCAUUGAGAUUGAGCAGUUUUCGGUGGGCAUCUUGCUUUGCAUAUUUAAUUCUCCUUAUCUCGUUUAUCUCGUUUCAAAUCCGCAGUAUUCUGCAUGGGAUUACUUUCAGUACAAUGCGAUCGUUCCGGACAAACUGAGAAUGCCUCCCCCUGUCCCACCAUCUCAAAGAUUGUUAGGCGCGUUAGAUGAAUUCUACAGCGCCACUCUUGAUCCAACACGGGAACCGUGCGUUAUCAUGCCACUUGCUGCAUGGGGUCGUGGGGGAUGCGCUGAAUUUAUGGAACGGAAGCAAAGCUUGAAGAAAAUCUUGGAGGAGAAAUUGAAGAGCGAGAACAAAACAAUUGGCGACCUUGUCGAGAAUAAACCUUCAGAUGAGGAGCUUAAGAUCGUGCAGGAUGAUAUCAAUGCCGAAAUUAAGCGCAAGUAUGAAGAGAUGAGGAGAAAUGCUUUGGCUAACAAGGAGAAGGAGAACCGUGAUUCGACAUCCCCACAAUCACCAACGGAACGAAAAACGCAUGCUCGCGUAGCCGUAGCAGUUCCUCGUCUUCAUACUCUUCAAGAUCAUCCAGAUCUAGCUCAUCUUCAUCUACUGGAUCAAGCACAUCUUCUCGAUAUCGUUCGAGGAGCCGUUCUUAUUCGCCUAGACGGA